UGGCCACGCCUCCUUUCCCUUGCAUCUUUCUCACUGACCAAUAGGUUUGAAGCAUUAAGGCCACGCCCCUAUUCUGCAUUCUAGUGUGGCCCUGGUUACGCCUCCUCUGGCUCAGUCACACAGCUACCUGGUAGGUGACUGGAGGUGUAUAGUUGUCCUCGCCUGGAUUGUGCUGAUGUGGCCCCAACCCCACCACCCUACCCAUCCCAUGAUGUCCGAAGAAACCCGACCGAUCAAAUUGGCCAAGGCCAAGGAAAAGUUGAGAGACUACCAUCCCCAGGCCAACCCUAGUGUUGAUACAGGAGCAAGCGACACCAAAAAGAAGAACAUAAAUAAUGGUGCUAACUCUGAGACAAUCACUUCUGGAGGUUGCCACUCACCUGAGGAUGAAAAGAAGGCAAGCCACCAACAUCAGGAAGCCCUAAGGAGGGAGCUAGAGGCCCAGGUUCAUACCAUACGAAUCCUUACAUGUGAGAAAACUGAGCUUCAGACGGCACUCUAUUACAGCGAGCGUGCUGUCCAGCAGUUGCAAGGAGAGUGCAGGCAUCUGGUCGGCCGCCUGCAUGAUUCAUGGAAUUUUGUAAGAGAUUUAGAGCGGGAUCUCUCUGCUGUUGCUACACAGAAGAAGAAGGCUGACAGGUACAUCGAGGAGUUAACAAAGGAGAGGGAUGCCCUGAGUCUGGAACUGUACAGGAACACCAUAACCGAUGAUGAGCUGAAGGAGAAAAAUGCCGAACUACAAGAAAAACUUCGACUUGUAGAAUCUGAGAAGUCUGAGAUCCAGCUCAAUGUAAAGGAGCUAGAAAGCAAGCUGGAGAAAGCCAAGCUCCUGCUGCCACAGCAGCAGCUGCAGGAGGAGGCUGACCACCUGGGUAAGGAGCUGCAGAGUGUGUCUGCGAAGCUCCAAGCCCAGGUGGAAGAGAACGAGUUGUGGAACCGCUUGUACCAGCAACAGGAAGAGAAGAUGUGGAGGCAGGAAGAGAAGAUACAGGAGCAGGAGGAGAAGAUACGGGAGCAGGAGGAGAAGAGGCAAGAGCAGGAGGAGAAGAUACGGGAGCAGGAGGAGAAGAGGCAGGAGCAGGAGAAGGAGAUGUGGAAGCAGGAGGAGAAGAUAAAGGAGCAGGAGGAGAAGAUACGGGAGCAGGAAGAGAAGAGGCGGGAGCAGGAGGAGAAGAUGUGGAGGCAGGAGGAGAAGAUACAUGAGCAGGAGGAAAAGAUGCAUGAGCAGGAGGAGAAGAUACGGGAGCAGGAGAAGAGGAGGCAGGAGCAGGAAGAGAUUUGGAGGCAAGAGGAGAAGAUACGGGAGCAGGAGGAGAAGAUGCAUGAUCAGGAGGAGAAGAUAAGGGAGCAGGAGAAGAAGAUACACAAGCAGGAGGAGAAGAUACCAGAGCAGAAGAAGAGGCAAGAGCAGGAGGAGAUGUGGAGGCAGGAGAAGAAGAUACGGGAGCAGGAGGAGAAGAUGCAUGAGCAGGAGGAGAAGAUACAGGAGCAGAAGGAGAAGAUGCACAAUCAGGAGGAGAAGAUACAGGAGCAGAAGGAGAAGAUGCAUGAGCAGGAGGAGAAGAUACAUGAGCAGGAGGAGAUGAUAAGGGAGCAGGAGGAGAAGAUGCACAAGCAGGAGGAGAAGAUACAGGAGCAGAAGAAGAAGAUAGAAGAGCAGGAGAAGAAGAGGCAGGAGCAGGAAGAGAAGAUGUGGAGGCAGGAGGAGAAGAUACGGGAGCAGGAGGAGAAGAUGCACGAGCAGGAGGAGAAGAUACAGGAGCAGAAGAAGAAGAUAGAAGAGCAGGAGAAGAAGAGGCAGGAGCAGGAGGAGAAGAUUUGGAGGCAGGAGGAGAAGAUGCAUGAGCAGGAGGAGAAGACACAGGAGAAGGAGGACAAGAGGCGGGAGCAGGAAGAGAAGAUGUGGGAGCAGGCGGAGAUGAUUUGGAGGCAGGAGGAGAAGAUGCGUGAGCAGGAGGAGAAAAUACAAGAGCAGGAACAGAAGAUACAGGAGCAGGAGGAGAAGAUACGGGAGCAGAUGUGGAGGCAGGAGGAGAAGCUACAGGAGCAGGAGGAGAAGAUACGGAGGCAGGAGGAGAAGAUACGGGAGCAGAAGGAGAUAAUACGGGAGCAGGAUGAGAUGAUGCGGGAGCAGGAGGAGAAGAUGUGUGAGCAGGAGGAGAAGAUGCGGGAGAAGGAGGAGAAGAUGCAGAGGCAGGAGGAGAAGAUGUGGGAGAAGGAGGAGAAGAUGCAGAGGCAGGAGGAGAAGAUGCGGGAGCAGGAAACGAGGCUGUGGCAGCAGGAGGAGAAGAUGCAGAAGCAGGAGGUGGAGCUGAAGAGCCAAGAGGCUCAGAGUCUGCAGCAGCAGCGAGACCAUUCCCUGGGUCCCCUGCAGCAGUACGUGGCCGCCUAUCAGCAGCUGGCCUCUGAGAAGGAGGCUCUGCCCAGCUGCAGCAGCAGGAAGCUCAGGGAGCACCUGGAAGCUGCCAUCUACCGAGCACAUGACAAGAAGGCAAAAACAAUAAACAUGUAA